GUCUACCCGCUACCUUAACCUAGCACUUCUAACCAUCCUGACAUCGAUAACAAGUCCUUCAAUACUCCGAUUGUCAUUCGGAAUCACGACAGACAUCAUGCCCCAAUCCUUCCGCGUAGUCGAGCACACGGUCGCUUGCUCACACUCGCGCGAGUACGCGACGGCAACGGCCCACGGCGACGGUGACCGGCCACGGCUUGCCGUCAAGCAGUACAUACCCAUAGACAACCCAAACCCACAGCCAGGUGAUGUCACCAUCAUCGGCGCCCACGCGAAUGGCUUCCCAAAGGAGUUGUACGAGCCACUCUGGGAUGAGCUGCACGCCCGAGCUGCAAAAAGUGGCAUCCGCAUCCGGUCCAUCUGGAUCGCCGACAUGUGGAACCAGGGCCAGUCUGGCGUGCUGAACGAGGAGAUACUUGGCAACGACCCCAGCUGGUGGGACCACACCAGAGACCUGAUGAACCUCAUCAACAUGAAGCGCGACGAGAUGCCACACCCGCUGGUCGGCAUCGGCCACAGCAUGGGCGGCGCGCAGCUCGCUUUCCUCUCCCUCUGCAACCCGCGCCUCCUCCGCUCUCUCGUGCUCCUCGACCCAGUCAUCACAACCACUUCAAGCGGUUUAGGGCCGGCCUUGGCCUCCACCAGCCGCCGCGACAUCUGGGACUCCCGCGCGUCAGCCGCGCAGAAAUUUGCCCAGUCCAAAUUCUACCAGUCCUGGGACCCGCGCGUGCUAGACCUCUGGAUCCAGCACGGCCUGCGCAGCGUGCCGACCGAGCUCUACCCGUCCGACUCUCCGUCUACCGACACCCGCGUGACGCUGACCACCACAAAACACCAGGAGCUGUUCAACUUCCUCCGGCCGACGUAUCGGGAUGGCGGGAAGCUGCCGGACUGGGACUCGGAGGUGUUGGGCGACAUUGAGUUCCGGCGGUACCCGUUCUACCGGCCGGAGCCGUUGCACGCGUUCAAGCGGCUGCCGGAGCUGCGGCCGAGCGUGCUGUACGUCUUUGGGGAGACGUCUAAUGUGUCGCCGCCUGCGGAGCGCACGGCCAAGAUGGACCGGACGGGGACUGGAACCGGGGGCAGUGGUGGGGCGGCCAAAGGACGGGUGAAGGAGGUGGUGCUGGACUGUGGGCAUCUCGUGGCCAUGGAGCGGGUGGCCGAGUGUGCCGAUGCGGCAGUUGGGUUUCUGAAAGGGGAAUUGGAAAUGUGGAAGAGGGAGCAGCGGGCGUUCGAGGAGGAGCGGGCGCGGGUGGGGAGGAGGGAGUUGGUAAUGGUUGAUGAGCGAUGGAAGAGCGAGCUCAAGCCCAAGCCAAAGAUCUAAAGGGAUGAGUAUUGGAUAUAAUGGAUUCUGUAACUGCGCCUUAAAUCAUCAUACAAGGGACACUGUGGAAUAAAGAACCUGGAGGCAGAACCGGAGCACCCUGCCGAAGAAAAGCGCGAGCGCGAUAUGAAGC